UUUACCAUCUUUAUUUUCUUCGUCUCUCGUCUCUCCCCAAACGCUCUCAAAACAAAACAAAAACAAACCCUCAUUUCCUUUUGCCUGUUUUUCACUGCCUCAAAACGGAAAUAGGAAAAACGAAAACAAGUUAUUUUUUUUUUCUUCCCUUCCUCCAGACAAACCCUAAAGGAAUUCAAAUCGAACGGAGGAGAGUGAGAGCGAGCGAGUGGUGAAUGGAAAGAUAGAAUAGAAUCGCUGAGUUGAAUAGGUCGGAAGAAGAUCUGUGUUCGAGUUGUAGACAAAAAGUCAAUUCUAUAAAUGGGCGCGGCGGGUUCAAAACUCGAGAAAGCUUUGGGCGACCAGUUCCCUGAAGGCGAACGAUAUUUUGGCCUCGAAAACUUUGGCAACACUUGUUAUUGUAACAGCGUUUUACAGGCACUUUAUUUUUGUGUCCCAUUUCGUGAACAGUUGCUAGAAUAUUAUUCAAGCAACAAAAAUGUUGCUGAUGCUGAAGAGAAUCUGCUGACAUGCUUGGCAGAUCUGUUUACACAGAUAAGUUCGCAGAAGAAGAAAACAGGUGUCAUUGCGCCAAAGCGCUUUGUACAGAGAUUGAAGAAACAAAAUGAGCUUUUCCGCAGCUAUAUGCACCAGGAUGCUCAUGAGUUCUUGAAUUUUUUGCUAAAUGAACUUGUCGACAUAUUGGAGAAAGAGGCUCAAGCAGCUAAAAAUGAUGCAGAAACUUCAUCACCACCUGAAAAGACUGCAAAUGGGCCAAAGAAUCCUCAGGCAAAUGGUGUUCUAAAAGAGCCUUUGGUUACAUGGGUACACAAGAAUUUUCAGGGAAUACUUACCAAUGAGACAAGAUGCUUGCGAUGUGAGACAGUGACAGCAAGAGAUGAAAUUUUCUUUGACUUGAGCCUUGACAUUGAACAAAACAGUUCAAUAACUAGCUGUUUGAAAAAUUUUAGUUCUACCGAGACAUUGAACGCAGAGGACAAAUUUUUCUGUGACAAGUGCUGCAGUUUGCAAGAAGCCCAGAAGAGAAUGAAGAUAAAGAAGCCUCCUCACAUCCUGGUUAUUCAUUUGAAGCGGUUCAAGUACAUUGAGCAGCUUGGCCGGUACAAGAAGCUCUCCUACCGCGUCGUGUUUCCACUUGAGCUGAAGCUGAGCAAUACUGUGGAGGACGCGGAUUCAGAGUAUUCUCUAUUUGCUGUAGUAGUUCAUGUGGGUAGUGGACCAAACCAUGGGCACUAUGUUAGCCUUGUGAAAAGCCAUAACCACUGGCUAUUUUUUGAUGACGAAAACGUGGAGAUGAUCGAUGAGUCAGCAGUUCAGACAUUUUUUGGGUCAGCCCAGGAGUAUUCAAGUAAUACAGAUCAUGGGUAUAUCCUGUUUUACGAAAGCCUUGGUGCAAACAAGAGCUGAGAAGAAGGUUUGAUUUCGCCAACAGUAGUUAUUCUAAUCUCUCGGACCUCAUUUUUCUUAAAAUUGUCUAUGCGUAUUAAAUUUUUUUCUCACUUUUAUUAAAAAAAAAAUCAUUUUCCAACCUUGUGGGAAGAGCUGGCAUGUAUCAGUGAGGUGAUGUGGGUUGCGAAAGAAUGUAUACUUAGGUUGUUGCCAUGUACAGUGGAUAGUGGAAGCACACUGUCCUUGUUUUUUCACAAUAAGAGGAAAAAAAAUAGCAGUGUAUAUGGUGUGAGAAUAUCACAGAGACAGUUUGUAUUCUUCAUGGUUGAGCAUGUUUUUAACAUUAGCAAUGCUA